AGGGGGCUGGGCCGGGGGUGGGGCCGAAGGUGGGACGGAGCGCUAGCGCUUCGCGGCUGCCGCUGCUGAAGCUGCUCCCGCUGCCGCCGCUGCCGCCGCCGCCGCCGCGGACUGUGCCUGGCCGAAUCUGCGCCGGCCAACUCGCCCCGGGCUUUUGUUGUCAUCCUCCUCCUCCAUCUCCUUCGCCUCCUGCCCCGCUGCCUCUGCUACUGCUGCUGCCGCCGCGUCCUCCACCGCCACCUCCUCCAGGCAGCUAGCCCGGCGCGCCGGGACCUUGGCUCUGCCCUUCGCCCGCCGGACGGCGGCAGGGCGCAGCGGGGGACAGGCGGCCCGGCGGACAGACGGGAGGGCGGCGGCCGGCCAGCCGGCCAUGGAUCUCCUCGUGCGGGGCUGCUGGCUCCUCUGGGUGGCCGCCGCCGCCUCGGCCCGCGGGGAGCCGGGGGGCAGCAAGAGCAGAAGCUGCGCUGAGGUCCGCCAGGUCUACGGGGCCAAGGGCUUCAGUCUGAGCGGCGUGCCCCAAGCGGAGAUCUCCGGUGAGCACCUGAGGAUCUGCCCACAGGGUUACACCUGCUGCACCAGUGAGAUGGAGGAGAACUUUGCCAAUCGGAGUCGCAGUGAGUUAGAGGGGGCCCUCAGGGAGACCAGCCGCUCGGUACAAGUGAUGCUUAGCACUCAGCUCCGCAAUUUUGAUGGUCAUUUCCAGGACCUACUGAACAAGUCAGAGCGGGCUCUCCAGGAUACGUUCCCAGGCACCCAUGGGGACUUGUACACCCAGAACUCUCGGCUCUUCAGGGAUCUGUACUCUGAACUGCGCCGCUAUUAUCGAGGGGCCAACAUCAACCUGGAGGAGGCGCUGGCCGAGUUCUGGGCGCGCCUGCUGGAACGGCUCUUCAAGCAGCUGCACCCCCAGUAUGUACUUCCCGAUGAGUACCUGGACUGUAUGGGCAAGCAGGCGGAAGCCUACAAGCCCUUCGGUGAGGCGCCGCGGGAGCUCAAGCUGAGGGCCACCAGGGCCUUUGUGGCCGUGCGCUCCUUCGUGCAGGGCCUUGGAGUGGCCAUCGAUGUGGUCAGGAAGGUGUCCCAGGUUCCCCUGGGCCAGGAGUGCUCUCGGGCCAUCAUGAAGCUGCUCUACUGCUCCCACUGCCUGGGCGUCCAGAGCCCCCAGCCAUGUUCUGGCUAUUGCCGAAACGUGAUGAAGGGCUGCCUGGCCAACCAGGCCGACCUGGACACUGAGUGGAGGAACCUGCUGGACUCCAUGCUGCUUGUGGCCGACAAGUUCGAUGGCCAGACGAGCGUGGAGAGCACCAUCGGCACCAUCCACGUUCGGAUCUCGGAGGCCAUCGCCGCCCUCCAGGACAACAAGGACACGCUCACGGCCAAGGUUUUUCAAGGCUGUGGAAAUCCCAGAGUGAGUGGCAAAGGCACCGGCGGAGAGGAAAAGAGGCGGCGAGGGAAGCCUGUUGUGGAGGAGAAGCCCUCUGGGGUUGGCCUGGAGAAACUGGUCUCCGAAGCCAAAGCCCAGCUCCGAGACGCCCGAGACUUCUGGGUCAGCCUCCCUGGAGUCCUGUGCACAGAGAAGGUGGCCAUGAGCUCAUCCCUUGACGAACGCUGCUGGAAUGGGAUGACAAAAGGACGAUACCUCCCUGAAGUGAUGGGCGAUGGCCUUGCCAGUCAGAUCAACAACCCUGAGGUGGAGGUGGACAUCACCAAGCCGGACAUGACCAUCCGGCAACAGAUAAUGCAACUCAAGAUCAUGACGAACCGUCUGCGCAAUGCCUACAAUGGCAAUGACAUCGACUUUCAGGACACCAGUGACGACAUCAGCGGCUCAGGGAGUGGUGAUGGAUGUUUGGAUGAGGUCUGUGGGAGAAGACUGAGCAAAAGUCAAAGCACGAGGCAGCCGGAGACCCACGCCAUCCCCAAGUUGUCAGAGCAAGAUGGGAGUGGCGCACCCAGCUGCACCCGGCCUUCCUCCCUACUCCUCCCCCUGGCCCUUGCUGCAGCAUGGUCCCUAGGGCGAUAACCACCCUGCCAGCAAGUGAAGGGGACUAUGGCCGAGGCCGGCCUUUGCCAAAACGGACGGACGAUAUUUGAUUCAUCUCGGCAGACGGCGAGAACGCACGCGAGCUCAUGGGGAAGAUCAGUGACUGCGAGUGACCGUGGCCCCGGGCCCAGGCAGGAGCCUUCCUCCGCUCUGACUCCCGGGCCCUGAUGGCCAUACCUGGUUGUUUGUUUGUUUUGGGGUUGUUGGUUUUUUUUGUUUUUUGGUUUGUCUGUUUUUUAAUUUCAUUCUUUUCCCGGGGCGUUGCACAAGGCUCUCGGUGGAUGGAAGAUGACGCUUCCCCCUCCAGGAUCUGCAGUGAGAGACACCCAAGCAGCAGCCACGAUGCUGCAUUAACAUGUAACACAUUCGUAGCAGCAGUGUCCAGCAGCAGAGUAGAGGCCAAUCUUGGGGGAAGCGGAGUCAAAGGCUGAGUGUGAAAGGUUCCUGCCCCCUCAAGAAAGACAAGCGCCUGCCCGUGCCUUUCCUUCCCUCCAGCUUCCCAGUGAGCAGCCUCUUCCCCAAGGGGAAACUCAUUCACAAGCUUAUCCUGAGUCCUGGCCUCAAUGCAAAAUCCUACCUUCAGGAGCUCAAGGAAAUAAGCCUUUCUCCUUAGUAAAAAAAAAAAAAUAGUUUUUCAGACGUUGUUGGCCCUCUGCCUUUGAGGUGCCCACAAGUGGGAAUUCUGUAUUUUGCAUGAGAUUCCAAAAUUCACCCAAGAUCUCAGCCAACACUCUAAUCUGACUACACUCCCAAGGCACAUGACAUUGAUGCUGCUGCUGAGUAUUUGGAACCCCUCACUUUUUUUUAAACUGGUACCAAUGCCCUUUUCUCAAUGAAUUUGACUGUCAAAGCCUUGUUUACAAAAAAAAAUGCUUCUUUGCAAUAUUGAUCCAAUGUGUCCACUGGGGAAACCAGAGCAAAAGAAUUGGAGGAUGGUCUCAUGACUGUAUUUUGGGGUUAUUCUUUUUCCAUUGCCUUACCCAGAAAAGAAUGGCUCCUCCACUGGUUUCCUGGGAGUGCUAGCUGUCCCAGCCCACCCACCCCACCCCCAUACUCCCAUUCCACAGUUGGGAUCACUGAGGCACCAAUAUGUGCUCCCACACUGGGUCAGCUGUACUUACCCACCACCCUGAGAAGAUCCUAAGACUCCAGGUCACACCAAAGCAUCCUCUCCAAGUUAGCAUUUUGGUUGGACUUUGACCCAUUGCUUCUAAGACUCUAUAACCUUUUAUUUGAUUGUCAGGAGGAAACAGAAAAUGAAGUCCUUUUUGAAUUUUUGUUUCAGUAUAUGUAGAACCAUAUCGAUUUGCUGCUGGCAAAACCUUGUCCCUCAAAGGGUUCCAGGGUGAUCAUUUGGAUCCCCAGAUCAACAAGUCCUAGCCUCAAAGUGUGACCCGGAUAGAUCCCCCAAGACCUAUCCAGAAAAAUCAUGACAGAAUUUCAUUAUCUGUUGGAAUGAGUGUGUGAGAUUUGGGGGUUUUCCCUUUUUUGUGGGGAGUUUGAGGCAGGAAUGCAGGGCCCAAAGGCUAGCGUUUCCAUUUAAUUAUUUUUCUAGACUUGCAUAAAUUUUUUAAUACUCCAAGUCCCCUUUCCGCCUUUAAGAACAUUUUCUUGGACUCCUUUUUCAAGCAAGACAUGAGAGAGGGAGAAAGAGAAUCAGAAAAAUGUGGAUUCAAAUCUGGCCUCUGAUUCCUCAGCCAAUCAGUCACUAAACAGGCAUUUCUUACGCACCUAUUCCUGGCCAGGCACUGUGCUAGGGCAUUCUUCUAAGCUUUGUGGCCUUGGGCUGUAGUAACCUCUCCAUGCCCUGCCCUGCAGUUCUUUGCACCCCAAAGUUGGGGAUCGGAGCAUUCCCUACCCUAAUGAAAUCCUAGGAUCUACCCUGCUUGCCCACAGCCUCCCCCAAAAGAGGAUGUGGUCUGCAGUCUCUCCGAAUAAACACAAGCCUUACUAAGUCUGAUGAGUUUAAUGGAGAUUCUAAGUCAGGGCCCCGUUAGACCAUGCACUUUGGAGGUCACAGUGUUACCAAAAAACAUUACAAGCAUCCAUUGCUAUGAAGAAGACAUGCCUCUUCCUUCAUGGAGUCCUUCAAGCAGAGAGCUGCCCAUUGGAUCCCUGAUGCUGCAUUCUCAUUGGUGCUAUCUGUCAUCCUUUGCCAUUCAUCAGGCUCUAGUCCCUUAAGCUAUUGUGUCUUUCCAUUUAGGCCCCAAAGGCAGCCAUUCUUCUGAUGGACAAUGUUUACUACCCACCACCAUCUUGGUGCAGUGUUACCCUGGCUUUUUCAUUCCUUUAAAAAAGGGACCUUGCCCUGAGAGUCCUUAAUGGUGAGCAUCAGGACCCCGAUGCCCGAGGCAGAAUGGCCCCUUCCAUCAACCUUAGAAUAUCAUUUAUCUUUCCCACUCCUCUGGGGAACAUAAACCUGAUUGGACUACUUUGGGGUCUUUAAAUAGGAGCCACUGUUACUGAUAAAAAGGGACAUGGCUACAAUAAACUGAUAAAAUUUGAGAAGUGGAAGGAGACUUCCAGACCAUCCAGAUUUUCCCUGGAGAGCCAUUGGGUCAAUCUGAAUUUAGUGCCCAUUAUUUAUUGGCCUGAACAUACUAGCUAAUGGGACGGCUAGGAGUUGGGUCCUCCUGGACACUAGCUCAAUGGGUUAGAGCUGGAAGGAAGUUCAUCUAGACCCAUCUUCUCAUUUGACAGUUGGAUAAACUAAGGUCCAGGGAGGUUAGAUAAUUAAGACACACAGGUGGCUAAGGAUUAGAUUCAUAGAUAAAAAAUUUUGCUGAAAGGCUCAGGUUGGCCAUACCUAGCCUGUGGGCCAUGUGUUGAAUAGCUGAGACUUGAUAUCCCCAUUCCUCAGAAGGGGAAACCAAGUCCCAGAGAGGGAAAGGGGUUUGUUCAUGGUCACACCUGUCACCUCCCAUAACACAGGCUGACCUGAAUGGUUACAGUACUCACAUACACAAAGUCAAGGCUUGUCCAAUACCAACUCCUUGUCAGCAGGUUGGGGAUAACCCUGAAAUUAUACCCCAAGUUCUCAGGCUAGGAAAAUUCUUAUAGCCCCAACUCCACAGGGAAUAAGUCAAAAUCUCCAAACAGCUGCCUAUCAAGACCUUUCCCAUAAUUCCACUUCAUAUUGCUGUCUGGCUAGAAAAUGCAAAUGGCAUCAUCCCAACACCUGAGGAAGUCAGAGAGUGACAAAAUUGGAUGAGAUCUAGAAGGUCAUUCAGCCCAACCAAUGCCUUCCCAGCAUCCCAAUCUCCUGGCCUCCAUAUAUAGAAUUUCCCUCACCUCUGGGAGAUUCACUCCUCCCCCAGAGGACUCCCUUCCUUCUAUUUGGAACUCAUGAAACACCAUGGUUCUUGCACCUGGAGAAAUCUCAUUACCCAACUCGUUUUGAUCACACAAAAGCCAGGGCCCCAUGUUUGAAUGCAUGGACUACCUGAUUCAGGCCAAUCCCUCUUUGAGCAAGAAGUCAAAUGACUUCCCAGGUAAGCCAGAGCCCACACUGAAAGUUAACCACAGACUGCAACGAAGUGUGCUUCAUGAUUUGGACCUUUGUCAGCAUUGGCUCAAGAGAUAAGGAGUUUAGAGGCUGUCUAUUCCAAUCUCAUUUUACAGAGGAGGAGACUGAGACUCAGGAAAGGAUUUUCUAAGGUCACAGAGAGCAAGCAUCAGAGCGAGGAUCUGAACCCAGUUCUUCUGACUCCGGAGCCAGUGUCAAAUCAGUAAAAUCACAUCUCGUGAUCAGCCAUUAAAAUCACUCCACUAAAAAGUAUUCAUUAGGUACUUCUUGUGCCAGGUGACAACAAGUAUUUACUGUAUUCCUUCUCCUUUACCCUGCCAACAGCCCAGCCCAUGAUGAAGGGAUGACACAUCAGAAGUGGAAACACAAUAUCGAUCCUCCAAGGGUCUGUGACAUAAUUUAAGAUAAAUACAUCCAAAAAGGGCACAUCCCAAAAGUCUUAGCUUAGUUUUAAACUUUAAUAAUAGUCUAGUUUAGUUUAAAACUGAACUAAGACUUUGGGGAUAGCCUAUUAAUUUCCAUGAGCCUUUGGGGUAGGACAAUAAGCAUCAAACUUUUGCCCUUAUGUUACCAAGUGCUAACUAUUACCACCUUGGGGAAUAACAACAAAAGGAGGCCAUUGGGGAGAGCGGUACAUUGUAAAUUAAAAAUAAACCAAGAGAAAUUAAAUUUAAACUUCCAUUCCCUAAAAUGGAGAAGUCAGUCUGACGCCUGUUCAACAUCCCAAUUUCUGCAUCUCAGGUUGGAGAUGAGGGUGUGGGAGGGGUCAGAAGAGGCUUAGAGGGCACAGUUGGGUACCACUGACAAGUCACAUAACAAACCUUUUGUUUUCUGGUGGACUUACUGAAAAGUAAGGACAAUUCAAUAAAAAUGUUUUCAAAGCCUCCAAAUUACUCCUUUGCUUUUAAAAAAAGGAUGCACUUGUCUCUGCAAAAUGAAGAUUUUUUCACUCACCGGCAAGGCUGGCCAAUUAGUUAUCUAUUUCUUUCUGUUACUGAGGUACCUGUAACUAUCUUGCACUGUUUAUUGGAAGGUGAACUAUGUUCUUUGAAUCCUUGUAUAAAUAAAAAAGGCUGGAGACUUAA